UUCGCGAGCUUGAAACAAAGAUGGCGGACGACUUGGACAGAGUGCGAAUCUCAGCCGCGGAACUUCGAGCCGAGGCGUCGAGUUCCCUUAAUACGUCGGACUGUCGGAAAGCUGAAGAGCAUCAUGUAAGCAAGCAUCACAGAAAGCGUCCAGAUUUGCAGCGCUACCAGCCAGUACUGGGACAUGGACGACAUCGUCGUGACAGUGAAGAGGGUGACGCUGGUCUAAAGGAUGACUGCAUCAGUCCUUCCUCUGAUCCCCAAAGGCCGGAUCGGAAAUCAAAAGUGAAGAAUGCUAAAGGGAGUAAUUCUAAUAAACAAGAGUCCAUGGAAGGUGUUGUGGAGGCAAAUAAAAGAUCUGAAGACAGAAUAAGAGGUGAUGGUAGUAACUGUCAAAAGGAGACUCAGCCACAGACCAAAAUGGAAAAAAGUCAAGGAAAUGACUCUUUGGACAACAACAGAGAACACCUUGAAGCUGCAGCCUCUGUAAAGCCAACAAAGAAAGUCCGCAAACCUGACCGGGAAUUUUACCAGCCUGGGGGCCGGCGAAACGUCCAGGUACAGGGCAGCACAGUUGGGAGAGAGCAAGAAAAGCCCUUGUCACAGAAGUGCGACCGGACACCUGAGCCACACUCCAAGGGGAGUGCUGCGGAAACGGGGGAUAAACCAAACACCUGCAACCAGAAAAAUGAAGGGAAACUGACCAAAGGAAAAUCAGCUGUGGACGCCAACCAAAAACCCAGGGAGACAGAAAAACCUCCUUUACCAUAUGAUGGUGCACUGGAAAGGAUUUCUAACAGAGUGGAAAAACUCAGCAUAAAGGAGAAGAGUAAAACUGUAAGUGAAAGCAAAAAGUCCAUGCAGGAGGAUGUCAGAAAAGGGGACGUGCACAAGGCAAAGAAAGAGCAGACAGAUUCAGCAAAAGUAGGGGAAGGAAGAGAAGAAAAGAGCCGCCGAAGGAGGGGGGGUGAGCGGGCGAGAGAGUGGAAACCACAUCCCAGAAGAGAAGAUCAGAUCAGCGAUGGAGGUAAAACGGAGUCGGGUGAGGCUUUCAGGGAGAAGGUGAGAAAAACCUCAGAGUCUGAUAGGCACAGCAAGUCUGGUAAAAUCGACGACAGCUACCAGAGCAAAGGCCGAGGGAACCACCGGGAGGCCAGGAGAGGGGAAAACAACAACUGGCAUGAAAAGGAUGUCAAGACACAGAGAAACGAUGAGAAGAAAACGUCAACCACUCCAACCUCCAAGCGCUAUUCUAAAUCAGACAUUCGACACUCUCGCAAUCGAACCUACAGCAGCAGUUCGGCUAGUAGUUUGGACACUUCUGGACGUUUAGAGACGGUUGGACACCGUCGUCCUCUAGCCAGCUGGACCGGGAAUGGUGACUCCUCUUCAGAAUCCAUGGAAGGGGAGAUGAGUGACCCGGUGGAGGACAGGAGGAAGCGAUCGAAAGCCAGAGACAUUCAUUUAAAGGCACGGCGAGCAGAAAAGAGCAGUGGAAAAGCAAACAGAGAUGGAGGUCGAGGAUUCGUUAAAGUCCCUCUGGAAAAGCAGUCUGGAACUUUUUCACAGAGAAAUGAGAUGCCGAAGCAAGGACAGACUCCUCGAGGCAGAGGUGGAGGAAUCCUGGUGCUUCCUGCGCGUACAGACAUCAUCAGUUCACCUGAAGUGGGACAGAGGAUGCUCUUUGGAAGGAUGAGAGGGGGGGCAGCCAGUAGGAGUCGAGGAGGGCGGGGCGGCGGCGUCAGACGACUCUGGGAUCCCAACAACCCAGACCAGAAGCCCGCUCUCGCUCGCACUCCACCUUCUCAGCAGUCGCCUCUCCAACAGUCUCUUUACCUUCAAACUGGAACGGCUUAUGGGCAGCUUCACUUCCUGGACACUGAUGAUGAAGUCUCGGGGAGUCCACCUGUUGCAAAGAAUGAGCAUCUCCGGUCACAGCAGGCUGCAGCAAUGGCUUAUUACAAGUUCCAAAAUUCAGACAACCCCUACGGCUACCCAGUGACCCCCAGCAACCCCAACACCAGCAGCAGCCAGCGAUUCCACGCUCCUUACAUGUCUCCCACGUACCAAGUGGCCAACAGUGUGUACAUGGGCCCCGGUGUUGGGCAGUACUGUGGGAAUUACAGAGGUGCCAGCUAUUCACAGCCGUGUGCCGCUGGGCUGACGCCAGAGGAGGCGGAGCAACACAUUAGAGGGGAGAUGGGGCGACUGCUGAGGGCUGCUGAUGCUCAAGAGCUGCAGCUCAGUAACCUGCUGUCCCGAGACAGAGUGAGUGCAGAUGGACUGGAUCGCAUGGCGCAGCUCAGGGCGGAACUUUUGGUGUUGUACGAGCAGGUGAUCUUGUCCGAUAUUGAACUCUCCGACUCUCAAAACGUGGAUCAGGCUCUGUGGAAGAAUGUCUUCUACCAGGUGAUAGAGCGUUUCCGCCAACUCCUCAAGGACCCAACCUCGGACAACAGCUCUGAGAUCAGGAACAUGCUGCUUGUUUUGCUCGAUGAGGGGGCGAUAUUCUUCGACGCUCUUCUUCAGAAACUUCAAACUGUGUACCAGUUUAAGUUGGAGGAUUACAUGGACGGCAUGGCGAUCCGGGCUCGGCCCUUAAGAAAGACGGUCAAGUACGCUCUCAUCAGUGCACAGCGCUGCAUGAUCUGUCAGGGAGAUCUCGCACGUUACCGCGAACAGGCCAGCGACUCCGCCAAUUACGGAAAGGCACGCAGCUGGUACCUGAAAGCUCAGCAGAUUGCGCCUAAAAACGGCCGUCCAUACAACCAGUUGGCUCUUCUGGCUGUUUACACGAAGCGGAAAUUGGAUGCUGUCUAUUACUACAUGCGCAGCCUUGCUGCCUCCAACCCGAUCCUCACUGCAAAGGAAAGUUUGAUGAGUCUGUUUGAAGAGGCCAAACGAAAGGCGGAGCAGCUGGAGAGAAAAAGGCGACAGGAACUAGAAGGAGGAUCAGAAGGUCCAGCUGUCAAGGGCAGAGGCAGAGGUGUCGAAGGCGCCCGUACUGAGAUUUGGGUUCGACCAACUGGACAAGCUACAAACCCGUCCUCGCAGAGAGGAGGCAGUGAGUCCAGCCGAGACUCAGAGCAGGACGGAGAGCUGGGCUCCCUCAGCGCAAGUGAUCUGAAUAAAAGAUUCAUUCUGAGUUUUCUCCAUACACAUGGUAAACUGUUCACCAAAGUGGGCAUGGAGUCUUUUCCCAGCGUAGUGAGCCAGGUUCUGCAGGAGUUCCGAGCUCUCCUCCACCUCGGCCCCUCGCUGCUCGGCAGCAUGCACAUGCUGCAGAUCAUGACGGUCAACAUGUUCACAAUCCAUAACGCUCUCUCCCGAGGCGAGGAAGGAGACGUGCGCUCGGUUUUGCAGGAGCAAAGCACCGCCCUUGGGCUGGGCAUGUUUGCUCUGAUGGUACAGCGCUGCACUGAGCUGCUCAGAGAUACUCCCACAGAGCCAAUGUCUAGCUCUGACAAAGAGGAGCGCGAAGAUCUGGACGGGAUGGUGCGGGUGUCGGACUUCCCUCUGGACCUCAGGGAGCUGCUGCCGAGCAUCAAAGUCUGGUCUGACUGGAUGCUGGGACACCCUGAGCAGUGGAACCCACCACCGUGUAGUUUGGAGGGCAGCCCAGAUGUGUGGCAGUGCCUGGCUGACCUGUGCAACGCUCUGGCUCGCGUCGACCACCAAGAACUGCCCCUGUACAAAGGUGACACCGAGGAGGGGGAGGGAGAUGACGAGCUGAGCGUCCUGCAGCUGAAAGAGGACAAGCUGCUGGCUGGCUUUGUUCCCCUGCUGGCUGCACCCCAGGAGCCCUGUUACAUUGAUAGGCACACUGAUAAGGUGAUAGCUGCGGACUGCAAGAGGGUGACAGUACUCAAGUACUUUUUGGAAGCGUUGUGUGGUCAGGAGGAGCCGCUGCUGGCCUUCAAGGGAGGAAAAUACGUUUCAGUAGCAGAUUCUGUGACCAACCAUGCGACGGAAACCGGGACCCGAGAUGAUUCUUUAGCUGAGAAGGAGGGUGAUGAUGUCAUAGUGGAGGCGGAGUCGUCGUUCUCGGCCUCAGAAGGAGACGACGACAUCGAGGAGGCGGGCGACAGUGAAAGCGACAUCAGGCAGCUGAAGGCUCGGCGCCAUGCGCUGGCCAACAAGCUGGCCCUGCAGCAGAAACGCAGAGACAAGAUCCAGGCCGUGCUGCACACAGGAGGACGGCUGCAGCUGGAAGUCAGACCACUUUACCUGGUGCCAGACACCAACGGAUUCAUCGACCACUUGGAGGGUCUGAAGAAGCUGCUGCAGUGUGGAACGUACAUCAUUGUCGUGCCUCUUAUUGUGAUUACAGAGCUGGACGGCCUGGCUAAAGGCCAGGAGACCUUCGGUGGGGGUCAGGGGUCAGGGCGUGGCCCGGGGGGGCGGAGCAGCUCCAACAUCAGUGCGGCUCAUGCCCGGGCGGUGCAGGAUAACUCCCGCUCGGCUGUGGCUUUCUUAGAAAAAAGCUUUGAAGAGCGCGAGCCAAACCUCCGAGCUCUGACCAGCAGGGGGAACCAGCUGGACUCCAUUUCUUUCCGCAGUGAAGACACAUCCGGGCAGCAGGGGAACAACGACGAUGUGAUCCUGUCCUGCUGUCUCCACUACUGUAAGGACAAGUCCAGGGACGCCGCGGCGCAGCCCAGAGAUGAGACGGUGAAGCUGCAGAGGGAGGUGGUCCUGCUCACAGAUGACCGGAACCUGCGUGUCAAAGCUCUGACGCGGAACGUGCCGGUCCGAGACAUUCCCGCUUUCCUCAGCUGGGCCAAAGUGGGCUGAGCGGCGCAGAGGUCCGGUGACAGGAACGCCACUGCUGGAGCACGCUUGCUACUCAGCCGCGAGAGAAGACACACUUGAGCUGGGGAUGAAGAGACGUAGAGGGGCGGAGAGCAAAGCGCCACCGCACGAGUAGUGAGAGCUGGGUGGCUCUAGUGAGCUUCCACUCCCCUCAUGUUGAAGUGUGUGUGUGUGUGAGUGUGUGUGUUUGUGAGAGGGAGAGAGUGCGUCUUCAGAUGGCUGAUCUUCCUCAUAGAUGGCAGACUCGAUAAGCAGCAGGAAGGCUGGUCCUCGAGAAGAAGGAAGGAAGGAAGGCCAUUGAAAGGGAGUGAUGUGACUGUCGGGUCCAGUCUUGGUCACCGACUGUGAUCUGAGGUGGACUGAGGAGCGAUUCGGGCGUUAGUUGCUGCGAGGAGCAUCACAGCCGCCGGCUCUUCUACGCUGUGCAAACUGCCCGACCCUGUGUGUAGAGCUGGUGCAGUGACUGUGGCGGAUGCUGGGGAGGCGUGAGUCUCCAACAUGGUGUUUUGGACGUCCUAACUUGCCAUUCAUCGAGUGGCGUCAACCUUGUUUGGAAGCUUCAUUUCUGAAAGAAGCCGUCUACCCAGCAUCGUCGCUGACAAAGAGUUGUUUGGCUUCAAGUCAACCUGAGAACAGGGCUCUUUGUUUUGUAAAAUCUCUUUUGUUCUUGGGCUCAGUGCUGUCUUGGUUUAUCUGUCCUUCGUUCUCAUCUUCAUGUUUCGUAUUAGUGGGUGCACAUUUUUGCUGACUUGUGUUUAAGCUAUUUCACACACAGGAUGUUUUCGUUGCUAGACUGAGGUUGGUGCCGCUAGUGUCACAUGACAUCACCCAGGCAGCCACUGAACACAUGCAUGUGUGUCUGGAUUUGAGAUGUUCAUCACCAGCUACAGUGUGUGAAUCACAUACAGGUGGUUUUGUUUGAAGUGACUUUUGAUGCAGCUGUCGUGUCCUGUGCAGUCUCCUGCAGUGAUGGUGCUUCAGUGUUUGUUUCAACAAAGCACAGUGGAUCCAUCUGACACCAAACCUCAGCUUCAUUGUUUAUCAUUAAACUGUUCUAGUGACAAACAAAGUGGAAGUGAUUU